GAAUGUUUGAAAUUCUCGAAAAAAAAUAACAUCCCAACGUUAGCAUGCCGAUGUAACAAUGUGUUAAGCGAACCUGACUGGCUAACGUUAGUUAUUUGCAUAUCUAAAGUUCAGUGUACAUUGUUUUCUGAAAUGCAACGAUACUGACUGACAUUUGCUUACAAUUUAGUAUUGUUCGGACGUCAAAGUGAUGUCAACUUUUCCUUGACACAUUCAUUAUUAGCUAGCUAACGCGUUAGCUGGAGACAGCUGGCUAACGUUACCUGACAGCCUUUCAGAAUGUUGGGGGAAUUCGGUAUGCUGGAACGAGACAGAAGGGGGCUUCGGAAAUGCUCUGUGACUCUCUGCAAAGAUAUGGUGGUGGACGAGCUGUUCAUUCAGUCGUUGCAGACAGACGACAUUCUCACCGACAGCAUGGCAGAAAGCAUCCUGGUGGAGCCAAACUCCCACAAGCGGAGCUGGCGUUUGCUGUCCCUGCUCCCCAAGCGUGGCCCCAGAGCCUUUAGCAGCUUCUGCUCAGCACUGAGAGACACAGAGCAGCAGCACCUAUGUGCCCUGCUCACAGAGUCACCAGAGAGGGAUGGAGAGAGACAGUGUCCCCAGACAGCUAGGGUGAAAGACAGGGCUGAGGAGGUGAUAUCCACAGCAUACCCAAUCCAAGCUUCAGACCGCACCGCCCCAUUUACAAAGACCCCAGUCAAAGACAGUGAGGAAGAGGGGGAUGAAGAGAAAGAGAGAUAUGUGGACUCUCCCCUCCCACUUCCCACCCAGGAGGGGAUUGUUCCAACCAAGAGAGCCAGAACACAAGAGUCAAUGGAGAUGUGUCUGGAUGCAGACAGUCCCAUCACCAGCUCUGUUCUUCCCUGUACACCAGACUUCUACCUAAAACACUGCCAACAGUCCUAUAGUAUGGUGUCCAGUCCUCGUGGCCUGGCCUUGGUGAUCAGUAAUGUCUCCUUUGACCCCUGUGCUGCUCCUGACCUGGACUCCAGGAAGGGAGGGGAGGUGGACGAGGAGGUCCUCAGGAAGGUGUUCACUGAGCUGGACUACAUAGUCACCGUCCGCAGAGACCUCACAGCUCCGGGCAUGCGGGAGUGCAUUGAGCAGUUUGGCAGACGGCAGCAGCACCAGACCGUAUCCAGCUGUGUGGUGUGUCUGCUGUCCCAUGGAGUAGAGGGGGCUAUCUACGGCACAGACGGACAGCUGCUGGAGUUGGACUGGGUGUUUGAGGCAUUUGACAACGCCCACUGUCCUCUACUGCAGAAUAAACCCAAGAUGUUCUUCAUCCAGGCCUGCAGAGGAGAGGAGAUGGACUGUGGGGUGGAGCAGUCAGACGGGCCAGAGAGGACCCAGUCUCCUGGCUGUGAACAGAGGGAUGCAGUGAGGGAGGGAGAGGGAGAUGGAGACACCAGGCAGACGGAGGAGAGAGGCAGGCUCAGAGUCAAACUGCCCCAGCGCUCUGACAUGAUCUGCGGCUUCGCCUCCCUCAAAGGCACUGCAGCCAUGAGGAAUACCAAGAGAGGAUCCUGGUUCAUCCAAGAGGUCAACUCAGCACUCCGCUUCAGAGCCAGAGACACACACCUAUCAGACAUACUGGUGCAGGUGAAUGGUCGUAUUAAAGACAGAGAAGGCUAUGCUCCUGGCACCCCCCACCAUCGCUGUAAGGAGAUGUCUGAAUUCACCAGCUCCCUCUGCAAAGACCUCUACCUGUUCCCCAAGUACCACCCUCAGUACUGACACGCACACAUUUCUGCACCCCUACAGCACCACACGCAUACCGCACCCACUACUGACACACACACACACAUGCUGUUACACACACUCACAGAGGAUUAAUUCAUUCACAUUUGCUGUGCAAAUUCUCUCACAGACAAACUCUUGGAAAGAAAAAUGGAACGAGUUGUUGUAAAUCUAUGUGCUUGGUAAUGGGCAUGAAGUAUACAUGACUGGUAUGCAGCUGAUGUGUGUACCUACCUAUCAGCUAGGCUUGCUAUAUGUGUAUCUGUGCCAGUUAGAAAUGGGAUUGAAAUGUUCUAGGAAAUAUUUUUAGCUCGCUAACAACACCAGAAUAUAUUUAAAUGAAUCGCUUUUAAUUUCUUACUAAACAGUAACUUUUGGGUUUCAAGUUUAUUCUUUUUUUUAAACAUGUAUUUUGUAUGCAGAUCUAUUUUUAUCAAUUUAUUUUGUAUCAAAUCAUUUUUAAGCUGUUUUUUUGUAAGAAUUUUAAAGCCCUCGUCUCCUUUUUGUAUUCAAAAAUGUUUAUUAUAAAAUGCAUAUGUUACAUGUUAUAUGCAUUAGAAUAGGAAAUCCCCCCUGACCAAAUGAAGGUAUGUAUCUGUGUCCAUCUGAAGGGCAGACAGGUGGUGGUGUAGAGUUCUAGGCUGAGGAUGCAGCAUGGAGGGAGCUGCAUUUCAAUACCCUCCUAGUAAUCUGAGUCUUCCACUGAAGGAUACUGGGACAAGUAGAUGUGAUAUUGGGAGUUUCAUGUUUGUUAGCAAUGAUUUGAUGUGUUAUGAGGCAACAAGUGUACUGCAUUCCAUUUGAAUAGAAUGGAGUCAUGACCAUUUCUCUCACAAACAACUGUCCUCCUCCCCCUCCCAUCUCUACCUCCAUGGGGACGUUACGGUCUAAGGCACUACAUCUCAGUGCAAGAGGCGUCACUACAGUCCCUGUUUCGAAUCCAGGCUGUGUCACAUCUGGUUGUGAUUGGGAGUCCCAUAGGGCGGCGCACAAUUGGCCCAGCGUCGCGUCAUCCAGGUUUGGCCAGGUUAGGCCGUCAUUGUAAAUAAGAAUUUGUUCUUAACUGACUUGCCUAGUUAAAUAAAACAUUUAGGUUAAUUAAUGUUGUAACUACACUGGUAACCAGACUGUUAUUACUUAGAUGUGAUGAAAGAUGUCAACAUUGUAUUUAAAUGAAUUACAUUUAUAUGUUACACCAAUGAAUUAAAUUAGAAUUCUAUGUAACUGCUUGUUAUCUCUGGUCAACUUGAGACCUAAGUUACCUACUGUCAAUGUUUCCUUGACCAUUAAGAUUUCAGUUCACAAGAUGGAUGUACAUGGAUGUUUUAAAGCAGCUACAGUAUUUUCCUUUUCAAUUUGAUAUGCAAUAUUCCAUAGCAAUGUGUGCCAUGUGGAAUAUGUGUUUAAGUAUUGUCUUUAAAAUACUUGGUUAAUCAUUUACAUAGGACGAUGCAUUCCAUUCAAGUGUAUGAGCAGCAAUAUUGAUGUUUCUCAGAAUGAGCAGCAAUGUGUUUGGUUUUAACAGUGUUGUAGGGAAGAGUGAUAUGACAGGAACAGUAUGAAUUGAGCUGUUGACCAACCAAUCACAGAGACAAUGCGUAGUGAUCAUCUUUAUAAGGGACAGUUCUAUAAAGAUCCUGUCCAUAGAAUUAGAAUACUAAUUUAACAAUUCACGCCAGAUGUUAGACGUUUUCCAUUCGGUUUGAAGCCUCUAGUUCGGUUUUAACUAACUUAAUGUGUACAAUAUAGCAUCUACACAACUGGUGUGGUGGAAAGUCAUAUUUGUUUGUAAUUGUAAAUGUUCCAAAGGUGGAUUUUGUGGUGAAGUAGGUUAUCCCUUGAAAGUGAAGUACUGAGGCCUGGUGUUUCACUGCCAUGAGCUAAGGAGCUGCUGGGGAUGGGGGGAGGAGAUGACUGUAUUUAUGUCUAAAACAAAGACUGCCAAAUGUUCAAGAAAAUAAACAGCUUUUUGUUUUUUUUCCUAUGAA